AGAGGUCGUCGUGAAAAUUUUUUUUGAAACUACAAAAGAUCUUUAAAAAAACACAUCGCAAUUUGCGAAUUUACAAAAAUAUAUAAACCAUUAUAUUCAUUAGCAUGAAUCGAUUAAAAGAAUUUUUUAUUUUAUUAAUGCUAUGCAGUUUAAGCAUAGCACGUAAACAUCACCUUGAAGUUCGAGAAGAUACACGUCGAUAUAUUGCAUUAAGCACCUUUGGUUUCUAUCAAGGUGGAAUUCUUGAUGUAAAAUUAAGUAAUUUCGUUAUAUCGCAAGAAAAUGAAAAUGAUUUGUUUGGACUAUCAUUGGAUAAAACAACAGUUGAUGCAAUGAAUCCUUACUUGGAUUCACAUCAAAAUAAAUGUAUUUUAGAUGAACCAGCUUCGGCACAACGAAGUGGACCAAUUGUAUUCUUUUUGAUGGAUCUUAAAAAUCUCAAAGUUCAUGUAACAUGUUCAUCAGAUUGGAAGAAUUUACAUAUUUAUCGAAAUCGAUCUAUGCUACCUGUCUUUAGAUCGAAGAGACAAUCAAAAGUUAGUGAUUCUGCAUUGUUUAUGACACAGCGGAGGAAGAAGAGAGAUUUGAUGCCACAAGAUGAAAAGUCACCAGCAAUUCCAGGGGAAAAUAAGGGAAUUUGUAAGGAUUUGACUUUGCCACUUACGAGGACUGUUGUUGGUGAUCAAAAGUACUAUAAUACUUCGUUCUCAAUGUUUGUAGCAUCUCCACAUGAAGAAGGACUAUACAAUUUAUACUUCCAUGCCUGUCCAAACUACUACACAACUAAAGAACUUUCUUUUGAUGUUGACAUCGAGGAGAACAACAAUGGAAACUUCCUUUCAGCUGGAGAGAUGCCUUUACCAGCUCUAUACUUCAUGAUGAGUCUUUUGUUCUUCCUUUCAGGAUUGUUUUGGGUGUUUAUAUUGAGGAAGAGCAAACAUUCCGUUUUUAAGAUUCAUUACAUCAUGGCUGUUUUGGUUUUCUUGAAAUCACUUUCGCUGAUAUUCCAUGCCAUUAACUAUCACUUCAUCGAAAUCCGAGGGGAACAUGUUGAGACGUGGGCUAUUCUCUAUUAUGUUACUCAUUUGCUAAAGGGUGCAGUGCUUUUCAUAACUAUUCUCUUGAUUGGUACUGGUUGGACAUUCAUCAAGCACAUCUUGAAUGACAAGGAUAAGAAAAUUUUUAUGAUUGUGAUACCUUUACAGAUCCUAGCAAACGUCGCUGAAAUCAUCAUUGCCGAAAGUGAAGAAAGUGAUGUCGAAUAUCGCACCUGGCGUGACAUUUUCAUUCUAGUCGAUUUACUUUGCUGUGGAGCAAUUUUAUUCCCAGUUGUUUGGUCAAUUCGUCAUUUGCAUGAAGCAUCAGCUACAGAUGGCAAAGCUGCUAUUAAUCUACGAAAACUCAAAUUAUUCCGUCAAUUCUACAUAAUGAUUGUCUGCUACAUCUAUUUCACUCGAAUCAUUGUAUAUCUAUUAAAGAUUACAGUAGCAUUCCAAUACGCUUGGUUAGAUGAAAUGUUCCACGAAAUGGCUACUUAUGUAUUCUUUGUAUUGACUGGUUAUAAAUUCCGUCCAGCAUCGUCACAUCCAUACUUUAGUGUAUCCGAUGAGGACGAUGACGACGAAGUUGAAGUACUUACAGAAUCCGGCCUUACUGCAGGUCUACACAAGACGAAAGCUUUAAACCGAAACGCACCUCCAACUACAACAAUAGUCGAGGGAAAUGACGAAGAAAGAGAGAAUCUAAUAAGUAAACGUGAAUCGAGUCAUGAGUAUGAUUAAAUUUAAAGAAAAAAACAAUAAAAAUAAUAGUAGUUUUUUAAGAAACCUAAAAACUCAGAUUUAGAAUAUAUAAAAUAUUGUGCUUUAACAAAAAAAAAAAAAAAAAAAAAAAAAAACAUUUGUAGGCAUUAAACCGACUGAGUUACAUUUUGUCCCCAUUUUUUUUAUUAUUAUUUUUUUUUUUGUUUGUUUUCCAUUGAAAAUUAAAGGAAAGAAAUAUGAAAAUA